UCUGCUGAGUUUUAGUUCAUCAUUAUACAUAGAUUAUAUAUAAGUCUGUGUGUGUGUGUGUGUGUGUGUGUGUGAGAGAGAGAGAGAGAGAGAGAGAGAGAGAGAGAGAGAGAGAGAGAGAGAGAGAGAGAAAAGUUCAAUCAAUUUCAGCAAUAUAAGUCUCGGUUUUUUAACUAAUCAGACUCCAUGUGUAAUUGCUCUUUUAAAUUUUGUAACUGCAGUCUGCAUUACAAACACUGAGGAUCAAGAACUUCCGGUACCAAGCAACACCAUCCAAAAUUCGUUGACAAUUUCUAUUUGCUCUCUUCAUGGGUUGCUACAUGUCAAAGAAAGAAAGACGAGAACCUGGAUUCGAGGAUCCAGCCAUCAUUGCUUCUGAAACAGCUUGUUCUGUGCAAUAGGAAUGAAGCUGUGUGCACCUGCUCCAAGUGCAGAGAUCCCAGCUCCAGCUGCACAGAAAAGCGGAUAACGUUCAUGAGUUAUUGCACAAUUUUUCAAUCACCGUGAAUGAAGUCGAGGCUUUGCAUGAACUGUAUAAGAAAAUGAGCAGUUCGGUUGUAGAUGAUGGUUAUAUACGGAAGGAAGAUUUUGUAUUUGCACUUUUUAGGAAUGGCAAUAAGCAGAACCUGUUUGCAGAUAGGAUAUUUGAUCUAUUUGAUGCCAAACGGAACGGGAAAAUUGAUUUUGGAGAAUUUGUUAGGGCACUAAGCAUCUUUCAUCCCAGAACUCCUGAAGCUGAAAAAAUCGCUUGUGCAUUCAGAUUAUACGAUUUAAGAAAUACAGGCUACAUUGAACAUGAAGAGUUGGAGGAGAUGGUGUUGGCUCUUCUUAACGAAUCCGACCUAAAUCUGUCGGAAGAUAUCGUUAAAGGCAUUGUUGAUAAGACAUUCAAUGAAGCUGAUAUAAAUGGCGAUGGCAGGAUAGAUUUAGAAGAAUGGAAAGAAUAUGCAGCAAAGAAUCCUUCUUUGUUGAAAAAUAUGACUCUUCCAUAUCUAAUGGAUAUAACGCUGGCAUUUCCCAGCUUCGUGAUGAACAGUGAAACAGAUGUUUCCAAAUGGCAGCCCAAAAAUGAACUCAUCAACACAUUGCCAGUCAACAAGCAGUCGUGAAAAAGAUUGGCUUUCUCGGCAGCGUAUCUUAAGAUGGUCUCAGACGACGUAUUUUGUGAAAUCGUAAAAGAUAUGUACAUUGUUGUUCAAUCUGAAAGGGGAAAAAUGCUGGUUAGAAAAGUUUUCUCCAUUGGCAUUUUGAUAAGGGGCUUUGCAUAGAUGUCACUAAUAUGAAAAUACACCAAACUUAUUCAAAAUCUUGCAAAAAUUUCAAUUUACACUUUUCAUUGUU